UUACUUUUUUCUCUCCUCUUGAGCUAUUUUUUCUUCUGUUAGUUUUGUGUCUGUCUCAUCUUUGAAUCUGCUUUCUGCUGACAACAUCGCAAGCUGUGUUUUUCUCCGUAACAACUCCUAGUUUUUCCGUCUCUGCUCUGCUGUUGUAUUGUCCUGUCAUUUGUGCUUUUCUCUCCACAACUCCAUGUUGUCUAGUUUCUCUGCUUUUCCUUCACCUGCCUCUUUCCUUCAUCUUACUUCACCCCCUCUCUCCAUCCUCUUCACGUCCACUUAAGCUCCUCUCAUCUCUGAGUAGCUCUGCACUUCCGCAUAAUGGGAAAGACAGAGAUGUACUCUCUCUAUAAGGGUUUCCUGGACUGUCUCUGCCUCUGCCUCUCUCGCAGCAGCCCCGAGGCUGCAGGCGACAAUGAGAGGGACACUGAGAACGGCCACCUGAUCUACAAAAGUGGGGACGUCCUCAAGGACAGAUAUGAGAUAAUCGACACGUUAGGUGAGGGGACUUUUGGGAAGGUGGUGCAGUGUGUGGACCACAGCAGAGGAGGAAGUCGAGUUGCUCUGAAGAUCAUUAAGAACUUGGAGAAAUACAGAGAAGCAGCCAAACUGGAAAUCAACGUGCUGGAGAAGAUCAGCGAGAGAGACCCAGAAAACAGACAUCACUGUGUGCAGAUGCUGAAUUGGUUUAACUACUACGGCCAUGUGUGCAUCUCUUUCGAGCUGCUGUCUCUCAGCACCUUUGACUUCUUGAAAGCAAACAGCUUCCUGCCUUAUCCCAUUAACCAGAUCCGACACAUGGCGCACCAGAUCUGCCACGCUGUCAGCUUUCUCCAUGACAACAAGCUGACUCACACCGACCUGAAGCCCGAGAACAUCCUCUUUGUCAACUCAGACUACUCCCUCAUAUAUAACGCCGAGAAGAAGUGCAACGAGCGGAGAAUAAACGACACCACAGUGCGGCUUGUUGACUUUGGCAGCGCCACCUUUGACCACGAACACCACUCCACCGUCAUCUCUACGCGUCACUACCGAGCUCCAGAGGUCAUUCUGGAGUUGGGUUGGAGUCACCCGUGUGAUGUGUGGAGCAUCGGCUGCAUCCUGUUCGAAUACUACGAAGGCUUCACGCUGUUCCAGACUCAUGACAAUAAGGAGCAUCUCGCUAUGAUGGAGAGAAUACAGGGACCAGUUCCUCUGAGAAUGAUCCAAAGGAGCAGAAAGCAGAAGUAUUUCCACCGAGGGCGUCUGGACUGGAACGAGUGCUCCAAAGCCGGACGCUACGUGAAAGCCAAAUGCAAACCAUUGAGGAAGUACUUGUUGUCUCACGGGAGAGAACACCACCAGCUUUUUUACCUCCUGGAGAGGAUGCUGGAGUACGAGCCCUCGACACGCAUCUCUCUGUCCUCUGUCCUGUGUCACCCCUUCUUCCUGCCUCUUCAGCACCCAGGGAGGAGUCAAGUCUGGAGGAACAGCUGUGACAUGAACAGAUGACCCUGAAUGGACACUUGAAGCUACGAGGACCAUACCAGUGUGUUUGCAAGUAUUAGUUUCUCUAAAUCACAUAACUUUAUAUCAUAUCUUAACCCUUUGAAACCUGGAGCACCAUCAUUUUUCGUGUGCUCUUUCAGAUGCCUUUCAAAAGUAUUUAAACCUUUGAACUGCGAGCAAAUUAGUGUGAUUCCAUUUAAAAGUAUGGGAAAAAGGCAUUAAGCAAUUUGGUAAGAAAUGUUCCAGAAAUUAAUACAUUUAUAAAAUUAUUUUAA